UAUGUAUUAAAUCAUGUGGUCGUUCGCCGAUUGUAAUCGCAAGUUUUUAUUUAAAUGAAUAAAAGUUUUGUGUUGUACCACAAGUACUAAUUCCAACUGUUAUUGCAGCCCUUAAAUACACUCCAUCUACAUUGACAACACAAUUAAGAUAUAAAUAUGUAUAAAUAUUAGUAAGAAACGAAAAAUAAUGUUAUUUUGUCCUACGUGCGCGAAUAUUUUAAUGGUUGAAGAAGCUCCGGAAUCAGGCCUUCGAUACGCAUGCAACACAUGUCCUUAUAUAUAUAAUAUAAAGAAGAAAGUGUCCGCCAAGACGUUCCCCAAAUUAAAGGAAUUAGAUUAUAUUAUGGGUGGAGCUGCUGCAUGGGAGAAUGUGGAUUCUACCGAUGCUGUUUGCCCUAAAUGUAGCCAUGGUAAAGCCUUCUUUAUGCAACUUCAAACACGAUCUGCCGAUGAACCUAUGACAACUUUCUACAGAUGUUGUAAUCAUAAGUGUGCACACAACUGGCGAGAUUAAAUAUUAACUCUGUACAUUGAAAGAACUAU